AUGCCAUGCCAGGCAGCUCCUCAUUCAUCAAUUUUGUUGAUUGAUUGUUUGAAUGAUUUUGCGAAUCUAAUUGUUGAUGCCGUUUUGUGGGAAGCAUUUGCAUUGGCGUCUCUUCCUACCGCAUCGUCUGCCUCUCUUUCAUUUUUGUCAUCUGAUAAUGUCUCUCAUCCUAGCGUUUCCACGACUGUCAUUGAUUCCCUGUUGGAUUUUUCUGUUGUGCCUCCUGAUCAAGCUGAUAAAUUAUGGCCUUUUCUUCUUUCAAGGGGAACUUCUACUGCGUCGUUUGUUCAUGAUGAUGGUGAUCAGCCUGAGCCUUUUGUUUUAGGAGAUUUUACCUGCACUUCAUUUGAAAGUUAUUUAAAAUCUGUUGAUGAGGGCAUUUCAAAAUCUGAUCGCGAACCUGAUUUUAUUCCUUUUACUGGAACAGACGUAAAAAUGUCUGGCUUUCAAGUGCAGUUACGAUCUUAUUUUCUACGGAGUUCUUUGGUAAAGCCUUUGAAGACAGAAGAUUUGACUGAGUCUCCAAGGCAUACAGGAGUUUUGUGCUACAUUUUGACAGAUCGGAGUUCUCAUUCUUUUGCUGACAUUUUCGUAAGCCCUGUAACACAUUAUUCUCAGAUCACUCAAACGGAUUCUGUUGAAACGCAAAGCAGUGGUGUGCAGGCUGGCGAUUUUUACGGAUCCCUGAUACACUUAGAUUCGGGGGAUGACUCUUUGUCGGCAGUUAAAAAGAAUAUUAAAGAAUCUAUUCAAGAUAAAAUUUGUGAAACGCUUGAAGCCGCUAUUGAAGAAAGCUGUACUGCACGCGUCUUUGCGGCACCGCGAGAGUUAUUUGACCAGCAGAAAUGCAGUAGACAUAUCGGAACGAUGGAUUCUAGAUGUAAUGACGGCUUUCAUGAAAGUGAAAGCACAAUUACAACGCAAACGCAUAUUAGCGUCGGUAUUUUAGCAAAACCGUUGAAGGAGGAUCCAGAAUAUUACAUUUGGGCGGUUCCAAAAAGAGUAGUGACAACUGGACAGCAAACGGCGGCGCCCGUUUGUCGCGAAGAGUACCAAGUAAUAAAAGAUGCAAAGAAUGAAAAGGAAAAUUUGAGGUCUUCCAUAUUAACAAGUGAAAUACUAUUAGAACAGUCCACAAAAGGUGUUCAAACGAUUAACACAAAAAUGAGAUAUGCGGCAAUGAUGACUGCCAUAGAAGUUAAGUGUGUGGCAGACAGUGACUUAUCAGAGGAAACCGACGGUGGAGUAGACUUGGACAUCGUUGCAUCCACCUAUCUCAAGCUCUCUUGUUCUUACACAAAUUUCUAA